UGCUGCACUCAUCAGAGGAUGCAGCUAGUUGUCAUGGCAACAGUGCUGGCGCUGGCACUGGCAGGUACCGCUAAGCAUUGCAGUUUAGGCUGCACCCCGAGAAACGUCACCAUCCCCGUGGAGAGCUGUGGCAGAACCGAAUACGUCGACACCACCGUAUGCGAAGGACAGUGCUACAAUGAGGAUCCAGUCUACCUGUCUCCGGUGAAAGAGACCAAACAGAAAGUCUGCGAUGGCAACUGGAGCUACGAAGUGAAACACAUCAGGGGCUGUUCCGUGGGUGUCACCUACCCUGUGGCCAAAAGCUGCCAGUGUACUUCAUGUAACGAAGACUACACAGAUUGUGGACGUGUUCCUUGGUUCAUGCCAAGCUGCUUUUGA